GGCGGUGGUCGUCGGCCCGUCGGAGCCGGGGACGCCAACCGCCAUCAUCAGCCUCUCCUCCUUCGACAAGGUUCAGAUUCCUAUCCCGAUGGCGCUCCUCCUCGUCUUCGACGAACCGAUCGACGACCCUGCCGAGAGCAGGGGCGGAGACAGGCCCCAGGGCCCCAGGGCCUGGGCCUGGGGCGUGAGGCCCAACUUCUUUGGUGAAUGUACUGCUACCUAAUACGUGAGGCCCAAAUCCAGGAGAAAUGCUUGAAGGCGGCCCGGGGCACGCGGCCAGCCUGGCUCCGCCCCUGGCCGAGAGCAUCAAGAAGGCCCUGUCGCGGGCGCUGGUGCCCUACUACCCGAUGGCCGGCCGGCUCGUCGCCGGAGCCGAUGAAGACGCGUACCUCAGCAUCGCGUGCACCGGCGAGGGCGUGCCUUUCGUGGCCGCGUCGGCUAGCUGUGCCCUGGAGGAAGCCAUGACGUCGCCGUCGUUCCUCAAGGAGCUCACCGUCCGUUACCCUGGCGAGCUCUAUUGCCUCAGCGACGCCUUGCUGCUGAUGCAGGUGACGGAGUUCUCCUGCGGCGGGUUCGUCGUCGGGGUGACGUGGAACCACGUCAUGGCGGACGGCGCCAGGAUCGCGCAGUUCCUGCAAGCCCUCGGCGAGCUCGCCCGCGGGAUGGGGGCGCCGUCCGUUGUCCCCGUCAGGUCGGGCGCCACGAUCCCGCCCAUGCCGACGCCCGUGGUCGCCGCGCUGAGGUCCCAGAUGCAGGUCCUAACUGAGGAGCUCGCGACCCUGGACGUCACGAUCCCCUCCAGCCUGAUCAGCCGCGUCAAGGCCGAGUGCGGCGGCGACUGCACGACGUUCGAGGUCGUGGCCGCGGCGCUCUGGCGGAGCCGCACCCGCGCGAUCUUCUCCGGCUCCGACCCCGACGCCCCCGCGAUGCUCUUCUUCCCCAAAAACAUGCGCGAGAAGGUCGGCGCCGAGUGUGGCUACUACGGCAACUGCUUCGGCAGCCAGCUGGUCCUGGCGACGAGCAGCGCGGUGGCGAGCGCCGAGAUCAGGGACCUGGUGAAGCUUGUGAAGGGCCACGCGGACAUACUGGACCUGUUGAUGGACGCCGGUGCCGCCACGGUGGUGGAUCUGGGCAGGCUCAUGUCGUCCCCGAGGUACCAUGCGAUCGCCGUCUCCAGCUGGCAGAAGCUUGGGCUGGAGGCGACGGACUUCGGGCGCGGGAAGCCGGCGAGGGUGAUGUGGCAGCCGGAGACACUACCAGAAAAACUGGGGUUGCCGACGGCCAAAUCUAUGCCAAUGGCCACCGUCGGCAUCGCCGGACCUAUGCCGACGGCCAAGGAUAGGCCGUAGGCGUAGAAAAGCCGUCGGCAUACAUCCAUCUAUGCCGACGGGGCCGUCGGCAUAGACCAGGCCGUCGGGACCGCCCGAGAUACGCCUACGGGGCCCGUCGGCAUAGGUCAGGCCGUCGGCAUAGCACGGGCCCACCUGCCCGGUCAGCGCUGACCAUUUGACGGCGUUGAACCUACGCCGACGGGUGGUAACGGCGGCCGUCGGCAUAUCUGUGGUAGAGGUAUGCCUACGGCACAGCCGUCGGCAUAGGCCCCUCUGCCACGUCAACGAUCCGUGUGCCACGCCACGUCAUCGAUCCGUGUGUGCGCAAGUAUGCCGAUGGCCUUGCCGCCGGCAUACGUGGGCAUUACUUUAUUUUUUUAUUUUUACUUUGUUUUGUUAUUUUUACUUUAUUUUAGUUUUUGCUUUUG